CCCAACUGCAGCAGCAUAGGAUAGCAAAGCAACCUUUUUGUUUAUUUUUACUUAUUUUGAUAAAACAAGCUAUGUUCUUUCUUGACUAGAAACUUGACAAAGUCUCAAUUUUUACGUCUUUUCAUUGGGUUUAUCACUGCAACUAACCAAAGCAAAGAAAAAAAAAAUAGGUCUUUGAUUCAAACCAAACAUCCCCAGAACUUUGAAUCAGAAAAAUAUAAAAUUUCCUGCUGUUUCGUUUCACCCCAAUCUGGUUUUUGCCAUGUUCGCUAAACGCUUGCUUCAGAAAGCGGUUCACCAUCCCCAGCAAAAUGUGCAGCGUGGGGAUUUGAAAUCAGAAGAUUUGGAUUUGCGAGUUGCUAUCCACUAUGGGAUCCCCUCUACUUCAUCAGUUCUUGCUUUUGAUCCUAUUCAGCGCCUCUUGGCUAUCGGGACUUUAGAUGGACGGAUUAAAGUUAUUGGUGGUGAUGGAAUUGAGGGACUUCUCAUAUCUCCCAAGCAAUUGCCUUACAAAUAUUUAGAGUUCAUACAAAACCAAGGCUUUUUAAUCGGCAUCACAAAUGACAAUGAUAUUCAGGUUUGGAAUCUGGAGGACAGGUGUCUAGCAUGUUGUUUACCGUGGGAGUCCAACAUUACUGCCUUCUGUCUCAUUGGUGGCUCACAUUUCAUGUAUAUUGGAGACGAGUAUGGUUUUCUCUCGGUGGUUAAGUUCGAUGGUGAAGAUGGAAAACUUUCGCACUUACCCUAUAAUAUAUCAGCAAAUUCUUUAAAUGAAGCAUUUGGACUUUCAGUUCCUGAUGACCAACCUAUUGUUGGCAUUCUUCCUCAACCCCAUUCUUCUGGAGAUAGAGUCGUAAUUGCAUAUGCAAAUGGUUUGAUAAUUCUUUGGGAUGUUUCUAAAUCUCAAAUUCCCUUUAUUGGAGGUGGAAAGGAUCUUCAGUUAAAGGAUGCAGUGGAUUCAGAUGUCCAAGAUGAUACAUCUGAGCAUCAUCUCCAAGAAAAGGAGAUAAGUGCUAUUUGUUGGGCAUCUUCUGAUGGAUCCAUUCUCGCAGUGGGGUACAUAGAUGGGGAUAUCUUGUUUUGGAAUACAAGUGUUGCCUCUUCUAAAGGUGAACGGAAUGGACAAAACAAAAAUGUUGUUAAGCUGCAACUGUCAUCUGCUGAGAGGAGACUUCCGGUCAUUGUCUUACAAUGGUCCUCAAACAAUAGUUCACGCAAUGAUCAUAAUGGCCAACUUUUCAUAUAUGGUGGAGAUGAAAUAGGAUCUGAAGAAGUCUUGACGGUUUUAAGUCUUGAAUGGUCAUCUGGGAUGGACACUGUUAGAUGUGUUGGUCGUGUGGAUCUUACGUUGACUGGCUCUUUUGCUGACAUGAUCUUGUCACCUACUCCUGGGGCAACAGGAGGCAAUCACAAAGCUGACCUUUUUGUGUUGACAAACCCUGGACAAUUGCAUCUUUACGAUGGUAUGAACUUGUCUACCUUGCUAUCUGAGAAAGAGAGGAAACAAUUUGCUCGUCCUGUGGAAUUUCCGAUGGUAAUACCUACAGCUGACCCACCAAUGACCGUUGGAAAGUUCAGUGUGCUACCAACUGGUGGAAACUCUUCAAAAUCUCUCUCAGAGCUUGCAUCAAUAAUGAAACCUGGCUUGACACCAAAUACAACUGCCGGUAUAAAGUGUCCCUUGACAGGGGGUGUACCCACUCAACUAUCUGUCUCUAAAGAUAACAGUAUUGACAGAUUGUACAUUGCCGGUUACCAGGAUGGAUCGGUUCGGAUCUGGGAUGCAUCAUAUCCUAUACUGACACUUAUCUUUGUCCUAGAAGGAGAAGUGCAAGGUACAGAUGUGGCAGGUUCAGGUGCUCCAGUGACAACCCUCGACUUCUGUUGGCAGACUUUAAAUUUGGCUGUUGGAAAUGAAUGCGGUGUGGUACGCAUUUAUAACCUUGGCAGCUCCACUACAGCAAGCUUUCACUAUGUCACUGAGACCAAAUGUGAAGUUCAGAGUUGUGUACAAGGAAAAGGACCCGAGUGUAAAGCUGUAUUUUCCCUUCUUAAAUCACCAGUUCAAGCCCUGCAGUUUGGGAAUUGUGGAGCCAAGCUUGCUGUUGGAUUUGGAUUUGGUCAUGUUGCAGUGCUUGAUGUGAGUUCUCCAGCAAUUUUGUUUGUUACUGACUGUGUUUCUAGCUCAUCAUCUCAGAUCAUUUCAUUGUGUUGGUUAGAGUUUAAAAAUGCUCAUAGCCAUGUAAAAAGUAAUGGGCAAUCAGAAACAGAAGUUGCAGUCAAACCUGAAGAGGAAAUAAUAUUUAUCUUAACCAAGGAUGCAAAAAUUUUCUCUAUUGACGGUACCAAUGGUGAUAUGAUACACCCUCAUCCAUGGCACUUGAAAAAAGAAGAAAUUGCACUUUCCAUGUACAUUAUAGUGAGCAGUUUUCCAGUAUUAGACCAUGAGAAACAUCUGGAGGAAUCCAGCAAGGAUACCACUGCCAAGGGUGAGGCUGAGCUUGAUGCUUCUUCAACUGGGACUGAACAUCCCUCCUCAUCCGAAACUGCUUCGUCUCUAGAUCGCUCACUUGAUAUGCUUGUUUUGCUUUGUUGUCAAAAUUCAUUGCGGUUGUACUCCAUGAAGUCUGUGAUUCAGGAGAAGGACAAAACAAUUCAUAAGGUAAAUCAUACGAAACCUUGCUGUUGGACCGCCACUUUUAAGAAAGAUGGAAGAGUUUGCGGACUGCUCUUGCUGUUUCAAACUGGGGAUCUCGAGAUUAGAUCCUUGCCGGACUUGGAAUUGGUUAAAGAAAGCUCCAUAAAGUCGAUCCUAAGGUGGAACUACAAGGCAAACAUGGAUAAGUUGAUGACUUCUGAUGAUGCUCAACUUACACUGACGAGUGGAUGCGAAGUGGCCUUCAUUUCGCUCUUGGCUGGUUCAAAUGAUUUCAGGAUCCCCGAAUCGCUGCCUUGUCUCCAUGAUCGGGUUCUUGCAGCAGCUGCCGAUGCUGCGAUUAAUUUCUCAUCAAAUCAGAAGAAGAAACAGGGUAUGGCACCGGGGAUUCUUGGUGGUAUAGUCAAAGGCUUUAAAGGAGGAAAAGUGAAUACAUCUGCAACAUCCGAAUCUGAUUUUACUCAUCUAGAAAGCAAAUUUUUAAAGACUCCAUUCAUAGAGGCAACCCGGAAUGUUAAUAAGCAGGAAGAUAUUGAGCUCGACAUAGAUGACAUCGACAUAGAUGAAACUCCACCUGUGGCUGUGACUAGCUCCUUGUCUCAUGAAGCUGUUAAACCAAAAGGAGGAAAGGAAACAGACCGAGAAAAACUACUAGGUGCACAAGAUGAUUCAACACCCAGAGUUCGAACAGCCCAAGAAAUUAUUGCAAAAUACAGAAAAACUGGGGACGCCUCUUCAGUAGCAUCACAUGCAAGAGAUAAACUGGCAGAGAGGGGGGAAAAGCUGCAGAGAAUCAGCCGGCGCACUGAAGAGCUGCAAAGCGGGGCUGAAAACUUUGCAUCGUUAGCAGAUGAACUUGUCAAGGCAAUGGAAAAUCGAAAAUGGUGGCAGAUAUAAGGUGAAACAAACGGGGAAUUCAAUCACGUCUUUUGAGAUUAUUUCUUCAGGCUCCAUGUUAGUCUGUUACUUUCGAGCUUAGACGGGGUCAUUACCGUUCCACAGCUAAUACUUCCUACAAAACCAUAUGUAUCUGCUCGGAAAUUUCUGUGUUGAAGUUUCAACAGACAAUAGUGUUGGAGAGUUCUUUUGUAUCUGAUGUAUAUUAACACAAGUCAACAUUUCUGCUGCUUGAACAUGAUUCAUUCUGAUAAAAGAAUUCUGGGUUUGAAUUUCAUAUUAUUAUUUUGUCCAUGCAGUGCAUGGUGAUUAUAGAAUGUAAAAGGAUUGAUGUUGAUCAAGUAUGAGGUUGUAAUAUUCUUACUUUGAAACAAUCAAACUACCCAUAUUGCUGAUAAAGUAUUGAUUUUU